GCAAAACAAGCGAAAGAAAAAAAAGUGGUUCCCCAUAUGAAAGUAAAUAAAAAAUAUUAUUAUUAAUUAUUAUUUAAGAAAAUGAGAAGAAUUGAAGAAAGCAAUGAGUGAAUAUCACUAUUUAUGUUCCGUUAAGAGAAUUUAGAUGUUUUUUCGUUUCGCUUUUCGCAAAUUUUCAGAUCUCUCGUGUUUCUUCAAAUCAAAACCCUAAUUCCCUCAAUUUCAGUUUUCAGCCUCGAAAAACCUAUCUCCCUCCCUCCCUCUCUCUCCAACAUCUCAACGGUUUUCCCCCAUUCAACAGCUCGAUCUACAGGGACAUAUUUGCUUCACAUUUCUGAAGAGAUGUCUCCUGCUUCCAAAUCUAAGUCUAAAGACAAAAAGGCUGGCAAGGAAGUGCAGAAGUCGUCUGCUAAGUCUUCAGGAUCUGGUAAUGCAGUAGCUGGUGUACCAGCCAGUGCAUACAAUCCUUUAUUGGGAACAUUCCAUACUCUGGAGAUGUCACCCACAUCUACUUCACCAGUGCAUUCUAAUGGUCGUUUUCGGAACAUAGAUGAGACAGAUGAACAUCCUGCAGGCUCAGUGGUAGCUGGUGUGGAGUAUGAUUCUGUUUCUAACAAUGGUAGUUGGUCUGGUGAGUCAGAGGACCAUAAAGAGAAAGCUUCUAAUCCUCCUACUCAACUGGAAGCAGUACCUGGAGCUGAUAAUGACAAGCGAGAGAAAAUCCGCCAAAAGAAUGAGAGGAAACAUCAAAGACAGAAGGAAAGGCGAGCACAAGAGUUGCAUGAUCGUUGCAGUGGAUAUCUGAUGUCAAGGAAGCUUGAGGCACUUGCUCAACAGCUUGUGGCAAUGGGGUUUUCUUAUGAGCGUGCAACAGUGGCAUUAAUACUGAAUGAAGGAAGGGUGGAGGAAUCAGUAGCAUGGCUUUUUGAAGGCGGGGAAGAUGCAGAUAAUCACAAGGACACAAGUGUAGGUGGGGGUAGUUUGAAAAUUGACAUAUCAGAGGAACUUGCUCGGAUUGCUGAUCUAGAAACCAGGUAUAAUUGCUUGAAACAGGAGGUUGAAAGAGCAGUUGUUGCAUGUGAGGGUGAUCUUGAUAAGGCUGCAGAGUCUUUAAGAGAAUUGAAACUGGAUCGGCCAUCUGGUUUACCAAAGCUGGAGGAAAUUGGUGAUCCUCCUUCCCUUAAUAGUAAGCAGCCUGGAGUUGUGAGUCAGAACGCAAGGUCACAGACAAAACCCAUUCUUUCUCCAAAUCAACCCAAAAAAGAUGAAAAGGACUUUAACUAUACAAAGCAAGCAGUUAUGCUAGGAGGAUCUACAGAAUCCAGCAAUAGACAUGUGCAGCCCCUUAAGAGAAUCCAACCCAAGUCUGAAUGGGCAAAGCCUCAACAAGCUGCCAUACCGACUGACAAGAGGUGGCCAGGUGCAGGGUCUAACCCUUCAGCUUCUUAUUCAUUGGCAUCACCAUUGCAAGUGUCACCAACACCUGCCAAGACAGAAGUUUCUUAUAUGGCUGUUGGAGGUGAUUAUAAGAACCUUCAACCUGGAGUAGCUAGGGAGCCAGUAAUUAUGAUGCAGCGGCCUCAAACUGUAAAUGCAAAGCAGAUUCCAGCCACCAGCAUGAGUUCUUCUCCGCCUGGAGUAGCUGCCAGUUGGUAUCCAACUAACAGUGUGGAAAUCAUGAGGUCCAAUGGCUUUAUGUCUCACACUCCUAGCGCUAGAAGCCUUGGUUCAAACUUUGUCAGUUCUAAUCAACUGUAUCACCAACUUCAGUAUCAACAUCCACAACAGUUUGUGGCCGGGAGUGGCAAUUCAGUCGAUUUCCAAGCAGCCAACCGUGGGAAUAGCUUAUGGAAUAGAACGGGUGCAUCCCCAUCACUUGCUGCCGCUUCAUCUCUCGGACUCUUUUCUGGGUUAGGAUCUGCAGCAACAUCGGGGGCAACUUCUCCGGUAGACUGGAGCACUGGUGGGUCAAUGCAAUUUGAUUAUACCAACAUAGACUGGUCCUUGGAUCGAGGCUUAUCUCCACCAAGGUCUAAUGCAUUAUUGCUUGGGCUUUCACCUUUUACAAAGAGUAAUGCUGUAUACGGUUCAAAUGCUUCUGGUGUAGUUGCUCAGCCAUCGAUUAGAUCAUUACCCUCUAAUGGUAGCAUUGUUCCCUUGCCUGGAUUGCAAGAUGGUGCAGUUCCUGCUGCGGAAGCAUCAGGUUCUUGGGAAUGGAGUUCUCCAUUUGAAGGGAAAGAUCUUUUCAGUUUACCGAGACAGUUUGUUUCUUCUCCUUCUCUGUAGAAUGAGGGGUGAAAUUAAAUGAAUAAAAAGAAAGACCAAAAAAUGUGUGGAUU